AGUUUGGGUUAGGUAGAGAAGCUUUUGGGCAAGAGCCCAGACCUGCGAACUCAACCACCAUUGCUCCGGGCCACCUGAUUGGAGGCUGGAACAGCCAUCUAGAAAUCCCUCCUUGAGGCCAGCCAGAGCAAGCCUAGGUCAGGCCUCUUCCCUUCCCAGAACCACAGCUGCAGCUGAGCUCCUGGCCCCUGGGAAAUCCAGCAAGCCGGGAGGGCUGACGUCGUGCAGUAAGAGUGAGGUCACCCUGCCUACUCCAUUCUGAGGCCGGAAACCCCACAGCGCCCACCCAGCAGGUCCUGGAUUCCCCAUCUCCCCCAAGUUCUUGGCGGGAAUCCGAUGCCCGCGGAGCACAGAGUGGCCACCAGGGGGCGUCCUGUAACAAGAGUGGAGAAGGAACGGGGUGGAGGCUGGGCUGGCCUGUUCCUGGAAUGGGCAGGAGGUAGGAGAAGCAAGCGGAAGGGGAGGACGGUGUGUUGCUGGCCGGCUGGCCCAGGAAACGAGAGACGAGAGCCCCUCCGGUGGCCAGUUUGGGCACCCUGGGACCGAGGCUGCAGCAGGCCAUGGCCGACUCUGCACAGGCCCAGGAGCUGGUUUACCUGGUUACAGGUGGCUGUGGCUUCCUGGGGGAGCAUGUGGUUCGGAUGCUUCUACAGCGGGAACCCCGGCUUCGUGAGCUGCGUGUCUUUGACCUGCACCUGGGGCCCUGGCUGGAGGAGCUGCAGACAGGGCCUGUACAAGUGACUGCCAUCCAGGGGGAUGUGACCCAGGCCCACGAGGUGACGGCGGCUGUGGCUGGAGCCCAUGUGGUCAUCCACACAGCUGGGUUGGUGGACGUGUUUGGGAGGGCCAGUUCCGAGACCAUCCAUGAGGUCAACGUGCAGGGCACACAGAACGUGAUCGAGGCUUGUGUGCAGACUGGAACCCAGUUCCUGGUCUACACGAGCAGCAUGGAAGUUGUGGGGCCCAACAUCAAAGGCCACCCUUUCUACAGAGGCAAUGAGGACACCCCAUAUGAAGCAGCACAUAGACACCCCUAUCCUCGCAGCAAGGCCCUGGCUGAGCAGCUGGUCCUGGAAGCCAAUGGGAGGAAGGUCCACGGAGGGCUGCCCCUGGUGACUUGUGCCCUGCGUCCCACCGGCAUCUAUGGUGAAGGUCACCAGAUCAUGAGGGACAUCUACUACCAGGGCCAACGCCUGGGAGGCCGGCUCUUUCGAGCCAUCCCGGCCUCUGUGGAGCAUGGCCGGGUCUACGUAGGCAACGUGGCCUGGAUGCACGUGCUGGUGGCCCGAGAGCUGCAGCAGCAAGCAGCCCUCCUGGGCGGCCAGGUGUACUUCUGCUAUGACAGCUCGCCCUACAAGAGCUAUGAGGACUUCAACAUGGAGAUCCUGGGCCCCUGCGGGUUGCGGCUGGUAGGCGCCCGCCCACUGCUGCCCUACUGGCUACUGAUGUUUCUGGCUCUGCUCAACGCCCUACUGCAGUGGCUGCUGCGGCCGCUGCUGCUCUAUGCGCCCCUGCUCAACCCCUACACCCUGGCUAUGGCCAAUACCACCUUCACCGUCAGCACCAACAAGGCUCAGCGCCAUUUUGGCUACGAGCCCCUGUUCUCCUGGGAGGACAGCCGGAACCGCACCAUCCGCUGGGUGCGGGCCAUGGACGGUUCAGCCCCAUGACAGAGCUGGGGCCUGGGGCCCCGCGUGGCACAGCCAUUCAGCUCCUGAGCCCUCAAACCCUGGGUGGGGAGGGAAGCCUGCAUCCUAGCACUGGGGGAAGGGCCCGGGGACAGACUGGCUGCCCUAGAACUCUCCACGCGUUAAAUCUACCCGUGAGCCUUAAGCCCGUGUCCUGAUGCCACUAAGGUCCAGGACACGAGCGUCAUCACUCUCCACCCAGGCCUGAUGGCAGAAUGGCAAGGGUCUGGUUUCCCUGAGGUUCUCAACUGCUCCAUCCCAUAUUGGCUUUUUAAUCAGGAAGUGGGUAGAUUUCCGCAAGCCUUGUGCUGGCCUUCUGAUGUCCAUGAUCCUCAGGCCUAGACAAGAGGCUUUCUUGUCCCUCCUUGGAGGGGGUCAUAUUCCCAUUAUUUGAACACAUUUAUCACCCUUAGAUGUUUCUCUUUUAAUUCUCCUGAAUGAAACCUGAGGAAAUCUGUGUGUUUUCACUUCUUCCCACCCCGGUACCCAAGUUCAGUUCUUGCAAUAUUAUGAGAUAUCUGCCUGAGGACGCCCCAGUCAUUCUGUACCUGCCCAAGCCCUGGAUUAAAACGCCUAACAAAGCCUGCGUCCAGCCGCCUGCCCUGUUACCCGGCCCAUCUUCCCUCCAUGUGUCUCCCCCUCCCCGCGGCGUCUGUCCCUGGUGGGGACAGAAGGAAGUCAGCACGCAGCACGCCCGCUGUUGGAUUGGUUGCUAUUUCUCCCGUCCCAUGGGGCCGACCCGGCCCAGGGUGGGGGUGGGGGCCUCUGGGGACAGGACAUGCAGGGCUGGGGAGAGAGGGCAGAAUUUUCCUGUGUUUUAUCCAUUUGCAACUUGGUCACCAAUAGAGAGAAAUGGGUCUCUGAGGGCUAACAGGAGAGGGUGACCUGGCUCUGGGCCCCCAGCCAGGCCCCGAGAGUCCUGUCCCCUCUGGGGAGGAGAAGGAAAGAGCUCUAGAAACCAAUGGAGAAACAGAAGGGCCAGGGGCUCAUGUCAGCAAAUACGGCUACAUCACGUGACACGUCAGCGACACGGAAACACACGCCAACGCACAUGGCUGCACAGCGGGCAGGGGCAGGUAGGGGAGAAGGGAGCCAGGGGCCGCCCAUCUUGUCCUUUGCGGGGCAGACUGGGGGGGGGGCAGGG